UGGUCACUAAAAUGUGUCUGACGGUGAGAACAUUGAGCAGCAGAAUCAGGAGAAAUGGGACACCCGGGGUUAGAAUGUGGUGGAGGAACUCGAUUGUGACCCAGACACUGGAGAAUAGAACAGCGACUGUUACAUCACAAAACCAGGGGAGGUUCCACAGCCAAUACCGAGCCCUUCUGGCAACAAAUGGCCACAAACCGAUCAAAGGUGAAAGUGACGGUGAACCAGACAGAGCAGUCAGUGGCUGCAUAAAGCAGGACGGCGUGGAUAUUACACACGGGGACGGAGUACCUCAGGAAAUAAAACUGUUCCCGAUAAACAAUGGGAAUGUGUCUCAGGAUCAGGUCGAGGAUAAUGACCAGGAGAUCCGCCGCUGCCAUGGCCCCCAGGCAAGGGCGCCUGGAGGCAUGGUACACUGGGGAAACCGAGCAAAGGCUACAGCAACAGAUGAAUGGGCACCACACAACAAUCAACAGACAGAAGUGUUGCCUCCCAGUUCGGGACACUUCUGCGGUACAGGACAUUCGACCUCGGACCUUCGGCUGAUUAUCCUCCAAGGCACGGUGGGCACAGUGGUUAGCACUGCUGCCUCACAGCGCCAGGGACCUGGGUUCAAUUCCCGCCUCAGGCGACUGACUGUGUGGAGUUUGCACAUUCUCUCCGUGUCUGUGUGGGUUUCCUCCGGGUGCUCCAGUUUCCUCCCACAGUCCAAAGAUGUGCGGGUCAGGUGAAUCGGCCAUGCUAAAUUGCCCGUAGUGUUAGGUAAGGGGUAUAUGUAGGGGUAUGGGUGGGUUGCGCUUCGGCGGGUCGGUGUGGACUUGUUGGGCCGAAGGGCCUGUUUCCACACUGUAAGUAAUCUAAUCAAAAGGCAGACUUCAGGACAGGCAACAGCGAAAAGUGGCCAAACAGGGGCUGAUAGCUAAGUUUGGUACCCAUAGGGAGGGCCUCAACCGGGCCCUUGGGUUCAUGUCAUACUACAGGCGACCACCAGUGCACUAUAUACACACACAGACACACUUACACACACACACACACACACAGUCACUCCUAUAUACACACAUACACACGGACACACAUAUACACAGACAUGCACACAGACACUCGCGCACACCCUUACAGACACACACACUCCCAUACUCACACAUGCAUCCUCUCAGAGACUGAGACCACUCUACACUCAUGCAGGCACAUAUACCCUCUCUCUCACAGACACUCGCAAACCCCCACCCCAGACACAGACACACUACCACACUCACACAUGCACCCCCUCACUGAAUUAAGACACUCUGCAAUCACUACACACACAUGUACACUCUCACACUUACAACCCCCAAGCCAGACAAACAUACACACAGACAGACACAAAGACCCAUAUGCGCACAUACAUUUUGUGGGGUGAAUUUGUACUUGCAGAGUUACAUUGUACUUUACUCAAAAACAGUAAAACUCUGUUAUCUGACUUUUUAGGUUAGAAUCGAUCUAAAAUCAUGGCAUGGACAGAGAACACAGGGCGCUAACACCUUCGACAUAUUGUGUAACUAACCCACUUGUUACAGUUAACCUGAGAAUGCAACUUAAAAUAAAAGGUUUUUUGAUUUACACACGGAAGAAGCUAAACUAUCAUGGUAUUCGAACAGAUGAAAGACUCAACAGACAAUCAAGGUAAUUUUCAAUGUGUAGUUUCAGUUACAUCAUACUGUAAUUUUUUGCUAUAAAUACUGUGCCUUACAAUUUUGUCCCCCACAAUCACCUGAAGAAGGUGCGGUUCUCUGAAAGCUAAUGUGCUUCCAAUUAAAC